AUGCAAUUGCCAGACACCGUGGCAGUUCCAGGACUGCCGGUGGCUCCUGCCGCUGCGCAGCAAACAAGCAUGCCUAUGGCGGUUGUCGGAAUUGGCUGCCGGCUUCCCGGCGAUGUUUCCAGUCCCGCUCAGCUCUGGGAUUUCUUGAGAGAAUGCCGCUCGGGUGUGAGUGAGGUCCCUAAGGAUCGCUUCAACAUCCAUAGCUAUAGGGGCAGCAAGGAUGAGCCGGGCACGACUCUACCAUUGGGCGGAUACUUUCUUCAGGAUGACAUCCGCAACUUCGACAACCAGUUCUUCGGCAUCAAUAAUCGAGAUGCAGCUGUUAUGGACCCCCAGCAGAGGAGGGUGCUAGAGGUAGUAUUUGAGACCUUUGAGAGCGCCGGCGUAACCCUGGAUGAAGUAUCCGGUGCCAAUGUCGGGGUUUAUAUGGCAUCAUUCACACCAGAUUACAUUGCCAUGCAGACGAAAGACCCAGAGAGCUUGACGCGGUAUAGUAACCUGGGAAUGGGGGCCACUAUCCUCGGGAACCGCAUCAGUCAUGUCUUCAACCUGAAAGGGCCAAGUUGUACAGUAGACACAGGUUGCUCGUCCUCUUUCUACGCACUCCACCUUGCUUGUAACGCAUUACAGAAUGGCGAGUGCGAUUCAGCCAUCGUGGCGGGCGUCAACCUGAUUCAGUCCCCUGAGCUACAUGCCACAGUAUCCCAGGGUGGGUUCCUAUCGCCAACAUCUUUCUGCCAUACCUUUGAUACUUCCGCUGAUGGGUACGCACGAGCAGACGGUGUUAAUGCCAUCUACAUUAAACGACUAGAAGAUGCUAUCCGUAAUCAGGAUGCUAUUCGGUCAAUCAUUCGUGGCACCGCAGUGAACAGUAACGGCCGCACACCAGGUAUAGCGCAGCCGAGCAUCGACGGUCAGGUGGCCGUGAUCCGCAAGGCCUAUGCACGCGCUGGACUGGAUCCCGCAGAAACAGCGUACGUCGAAGCUCAUGGCACUGGUACCAAGGUCGGCGAUCCAAUGGAAGUAGAGGCCCUGUCGCGUGUCUUUCGCAAAGAGCAACGGGCGUCCGCAACUUUGAUUGGCUCAGUUAAGCCAAACCUCGGGCACGGUGAGGCGUCUAGCGGGUUGUCUAGUCUCAUCAAAGCUACCCUGGCGUUGGAGCACGGACAGAUUCCAGCGACUAUCAGCGUCAAGAACAUUAACCCCAAGAUCAAGACUGAGGAAUGGGGUGUUGAUGUCGUUACCCGGAUGACCCCCUUCCCAUUAUCCGCCCGCGGUGGUCCAAAUCGCAUCAGUGUAAACUCGUUUGGUUAUGGUGGUGCAAAUGCCCACGUCAUUAUAGAGGAAGCGGACCACAAAAAGAAUCAAGUUUCAAUAAGGACUGGGGGAACUGGUGCGGAAAUUCAUAAGACGGCUCGAGUAUCACAGCUGCCGUAUCUACUUCCCUUCUCUGCAAAUCGCCUUCAAUCUCUCAAGGGUCGAGUGGAACGGCUAUCCAAUCGGGAUCUUUCGUGCCUCUCAGUCAGCGACCUCGCCUAUACUCUAGGACAGAGACGAUCUCAGUUUGCCUGUCGGGGCUACGUGAUUACCCGACAAGAGACCUUGGCACAAGAUAUCACGGUGGCAAACCUACAAGUUUCUACCUCCAACCUUGAGUUAGGUAGUAGCAGACUAGCAUUUGUAUUCACCGGUCAGGGCGCUCAGUGGCAAGGCAUGGCUCGGCAGCUGCUACACUACCCUACGUUUGCCAGCACAAUCCAUCAGCUCGACGUGGAACUGAAGGGUCUUCCACACGCCCCUCAAUGGAAAAUCCUCGAUAUUAUAAUGGACGAGUCCGACACCUGCCCCAUCAACCAGGCAGUGUUCGCACAACCGAUCACCACCGCCGUUCAGAUUGGAUUGGUGGCGCUGCUGCGAUCUUGGUCAAUUUUGGCCGAAGGAGUGAUUGGGCACUCCUCGGGUGAGAUUGGAGCAGCAUACGUAGCUGGUCUGCUCUCUGCGAGCGAGGCAAUCGUUCUUGCAUAUUACAGGGGGUACGCGGUUACGAGACAAGCAUCAACCGCAGGCGCCAUGGCAGCCGUCGGCCUGAGCUCUGAUGCGGCUUUCGACUGGAUCACCAGGCUAGACCUCGCUGACAACGUUAAAGUAGCGUGCAUCAAUUCACCAUCUAGUGUGACCAUCAGUGGUGACCGCGGGAGUAUUGAGAUUGUGGUUACCGCCCUCCAGGCAAAAGGCGUAUUUGCUCGGAUAUUGAAAACUGAUGGGAAAGCCUAUCAUUCUCACCACAUGGUCAGCGUGGGUAAGCUCUACCAAAGCCUCCUGGAUAAGGCUGGCAUUUUUGCCAAAGAUAUCGUCCCUGACACUGCCCCCCUUAACACUCAUAUGUACUCGACGGUCAUCUGUAAGCCCUUGAAGCGUCAGAUGGCUCGCACUACGGGGUACUGGCGACUCAACCUGGAGUCGCCUGUGCGGUUCUCCGAAGGUCUGAAGGGGCUGUCUGAGUGGAUAGCUCCCAACUUGUGGAUCGAAAUGGGACCGCACACAGCCCUGAAACUCCCCAUCAUUCAAACGCUUGGACAGUCGACACCUUACCACGGCACACUAAAGCGAGGGCAAGAUGGAUCAGUGACACUACUCAGCUUCCUUGGAUAUCUUUUCGUCCAUGGCUUCAGGCUGGACUUCUCGAAGCUACUGCGCAGCUACCGCAACGAAUCUCCCGCUAAAUUCAUCUACGACCUCCCAACUUACGCCUGGCACUAUGAGAAACCCCUCUGGAAUGAAUCAAGAACGAGCCGGGAGAGCCGGUAUCGCCAGAAUCCUAGGCAUGAGUUGCUUGGGACAGAAGUGCCUGGAGGAAGCCCGGCAUCCUUUGCGUGGCGCAACCUUUUGCACCUCGAUCAUGUACCUUGGCUCCGGGACCACCGACUGGGCGAUACCCCUGUCUUCCCCGCCGCAGGAUAUACUGCCAUGGCAGUGGAGGCUCUGAUACAAAAGGCUUUGCCCUCAGGCACCGAUCUAACUAGCAAACGCGUCAUCCUUCGUCAAGUGGCCUUGCUAAAAGCGCUUCCUUUGAAAGACGACGACUCGAUUGAGCUGUUUACCGAGCUUCGUCCGCUUCCCAUUUCUAACGUCCGUGAUUCGCAACACUGGUGGGAAUUCCAAAUAUUCACCGUGUUGGACGGAAGUACCUACACACUUCACGCCAAGGGAAUGAUCCGGUUGGAUUGCGGCCCCGACGGUACUUCGCACGCAGUCCCAUCCCCUAACUGUCGACUGACCGGCCGAAGCAAACACGUUUGGUAUGAUGUUAUUGCUCGAGGCGGCCUCAAGUAUUAUUCGGCGUUCCAACGCAUACAAGAGGUCUACACGCCAGAAAGCAAAGGAACCUUAUAUGCCGAAACUUCGACCAGUUCAUUCGCCCCAGAAGUCCCCACCGGCGCUCAACUAUAUCCUAGAUACUUCCUGCACCCGACCCUACUGGACACCGUUCUUCAGCUUGCCCUCAUUGCAUGCAGUGGUGGAUUCCAUAAUGGGCUGGUGGCCCGGGUCCCGACUCUCCUCGGGGAGGUCAGCAUGAGCUUGGCCCCGCAUGCUCCUGGCGAGACUGGCAUCAUUCGUGCCAAGGCUUCGGUGGUCGGACUUCAGAAGCACAGGGCGAGCACAUACUUGUUGAAUCAGAACCAACAGCCUGUGGUACAGUUUGAAAAUGUUGAAAUGACCGCCUUCAGCGCACAGGAACGUACGGAGGAGGUCCGCCAUCCCAUGGGACGCGUGCACCGGAAGCCCGACAUCACGCGAAUAUCCGAAGAUGCCGUCUUUUCUUCAGCCCUUGCUCAUGUGCUCUCUGUGACUGAUCUCGGGGCGUUUGGGUCACGCUCGCGGCUGCUAGCUGCCCUGGAUAUGAUUGUUCACAAGAAGCCUGAUUCCAGGAUUCUGUGUCUCGCANCAGACCUGUCCUUUGUGGCCUUGGCCUGCUUGGAGGUCCUGGAGGCCCCCGUAGUCUACCGACGUUUCGAGACAUUCUCCUUGGGAAGAAUAGGUCCCGAUGGAGCGCUGGAGGUUGCAGAAGUCCGCAAUUAUACUGUGCCUUUAGGCCUUGGCUCUAUGGCUUACCGCAAGGCCACCUCGGAUGACCAGUACGGCGUGUGCAUUUUGGGGCAGGGAACCAGCCAGGCAGUGGUAGGCCACCUGAAGAAGCAUACCAAUGAGUGCACGUUCUUUCUGGGCCCUUGCACUCAAUUCCCAGCCCCAGUGCCCUCGUCGCAUUUGCAACUGACGGAUCGCGAUCACGGUGUACACGUUCUACGUCCCAACCCCAAGUUCACCUCACAGUUCAACCAUGUUCUUCUGGUCGAGGCUUCCUUCAUGGACUCAAAGCUAGCUAGUCAUUUGAGCAAAGAAUUGGACAUGCCCGUGCAGGCAUUGACGCUACGCGAUAUUCCCCACUCACCCAUUCUGCCCCAAACCCUGGUCGUGUCGGUGCUAGAAUUGCACAAAUCCCUGCUGUCAGACCCAACGGCAGAGGAGUAUGACGCAAUCAAGAAAGUGAUCGAGCAUGCUGCCCAUAUCUUCUGGAUUAGCGGUAGUGGUGUUCACAACGGAUUCGAUCCCACACGGUCUAUCUUUACCGGUCUGGCUCGGGCUCUCAUCGUCGAGCAGCCCUCUACCAGAAUCUUCUCGCUGGAAAUUGACCCAGCAACUGAAAUGUCAGUGGUUUCCCGGGAUGUCUGCCAAAUUUUGCAGCAGAAGAAUGAAGUAGACUAUGAGUACAUUCGCGACGGCUCGCAGCUCCUGAUUAGCCGCGUCGUACCCGACGAGCGAUUGAACCGUGAAUUCAGGAGACGACACAACAGCAUCCCCAUGCCCAAGCCGCUAGCUCAGGUUGACAACGCCUAUUUGUUAGUUCCGGAACCAGGCCAACUGAACUCAGCAAGGUUUGUGCAACGACCAUCAUCGCCCACGCUGCCCGCCGACCAUGUUCUUGUUAAGGUUGCAUGUAUGGGCCUCAAUGCUAAAGAUGUUUAUGUGAUGGCCGGUCGAGUAUCCACAAAAAAUGCCACUUGCAGUUCUGAGUUCACGGGGCAAAUUGUGGAGUUGGGUGCCGACGUGCAAUCAUUCAAGGUCGGUGAUCGAGUGGCAGUCAUGCAUAACGGCCACUUUGGCACCUACGAGACAGUACCUUGGUGGAGCUGUAUCAGGCUAGAGGAGCAUGAGGACUUGGUUAGCAUGGCGGGUGUUCUAGUCGUCUUCUUUACAGCCGUGUACGCGCUCGAAUACCGCGCACGUCUCGAGCCCGGUGAAUCGCUUCUCAUUCACUCUGCUGCUGGUGCUGUUGGCAUUGCAACGAUCCAACUUGCUCAACACCUUGGGGUGGGCGACAUUUACGCCACCGUGGGCAACGAAGAGAAGAAGCGGUAUCUGGUCGAGCAUUUCGGGCUCCGUUCCGAGAACAUCUUUUCCUCGCAUGAUACCAGGUUCGCAGAGAAGAUUAAAGUCCAAACUAGAGGACGCGGUGUCAAUGUCAUUCUGAACUCCUUGGUGGGAGACCUCCUCCACGAAAGCUGGGAUUGCCUAGCGGACUGGGGACGCUUUGUCGAGAUUGGUAAACGCGAUAUUCUCGACUGCGGUAAGCUCAAUAUGUCCACCUUUGCGCGCGGAACUACUUUCACGUCGUUCGACCUAAACAUGCUGAAUGAACUCGACACGCCCGAAGCGGCCCGCCAGUUAAAGCGUACAAUUCUUGCGCGUUUGUUGCAGCUGGUCCGCGCCGGACACGUUCAGCCCGUCCAGCCCUUGGCCGUCUUCCCCGUCUCAGAACUAAGUGCAGCCUGCAACCACUUCAACAACGCCAAGCGGAUGGGUAAGAUCGUAAUUUCCUUUGAAGACCAGACGCAAAUCGUCCCCACGGUUCCUGUGCUCUACUCUACCGUUCUAAACCCAAAUAAAUCCUACCUAAUGGUCGGCUGUCUAGGCGGUCUUGGUCGAAGUCUAUCACGGUGGAUGAUGAACCGCGGAGCCCGUCACUUCAUAUUCCUCAGCCGCACAGGUCUAGCCAAACCAGCUGCCAGGCAUUUUGUCCAGGAGCUAAAACAGGCUGGGGCACGCUGUACAAUCGUAACCGGCGACGUUACUACGUACGAGGACGUGGAGCGCGCAGUAGCAGCGGCAGUUGCUGAUGCGCCUCUGGGUGGAGUGAUUCAGGCCGCAAUGGGCCUCCACGAAGCCAUUUUCAGUCACAUGCCUCGUGAGUACUGGCUUACAGGCACGCAAGCCAAGGUGCGUGGAACAUGGAAUAUCCACCAAGCCCUGGGCAAACUCAAGUGCGAAUCCGCUCUGGAUUUCUUGCUUUUGACUAGCUCCGUCACUGGACAGAUCGGCAUGGCCACUGAGGGCAACUAUUGCGCUGCGAACCACUUUCUGGACGUGUUUGCGCGCUAUCGCCAGAGCCUCGGGCUGCGCGCCAUCUCCCUCGGAUUGGGCACCAUAUCGGAGGUCGGGUAUCUCCACGAGCACAGCGAAAUCGGUGAACUCCUCCUCCGCAAAGGCAUCCGUCCCCUUCCCGAGAACGAAGUCCUUCAAAUCGUCGACUUUGCUUUAUCAUCUGAUAUUGACCAGCAGCAAACGGUCCCCCGAGAUCGUCUAGCGCAGUGCCACAUCCUAACUGGCAUCGAAGACACCAAACUCCAAGACCACCGCAAACAAGGCUUCACGGGUUUCUGGCACAAUCUAGACAAUACCCGCUUCUCAGUACUUAUUAACGCCCUGCAGCGGCAGGCAUCCCAGUCCGAAAGCGGGAUUAACACCCCUGCGUCAGUCAUUCAAACUGUGUUGGCGUCAGGCGACGAGAAGCAGCUACGCGAAGCGGUGAUUCAAGCAAUAGCGAAGAAAAUGUCGAAUAUUAUUCUAUUGCCGCUGCCGAAGCUGGAUUUGAAGUUGCCGCUGAGUGACUAUGGCAUGGAUAGUAUGUUAUCAGCGGAGCUAAGACAGUAUAUCUUUAAUUCGAUGGGUGUAGAUGUCCCGUUUCUGACAUUAAUGGAUACGGCAACGUCGGUGUUGAGUGUUGCUGAGAUGGUACUGGAGGAAUUGGGAAAGAUUAUCAGGAAUAAAAAUAAUAUUAUGAUUUAUGCUAUUAUAAUACUACCAAAGCUAUCUGCUAUCCUUGCAUUAGUUGAUUAUUUGAUAUCUUUAUGA